AUGGGCACGACGCCUGAACGGAGAGCGAUGCGAUGCGAUGCCGUUACCCUCGACCCGACGACUUACGAGAGAAAGCACGGGGCAGAGGAAUGUCACUGUUCGGAACUUCUGCCCGAGCGGACGUGGCGCGACAUGCUCGGCAUCGUUGAGGAUGGCGGCAUUCCUGUUGUCCGCUUGCGCCUCGCUUCGCUGUCCGCAGAUGGGGAUCAAAGGGGGUUAGAGUUCGAAGUGCUAGACGCUGUUCAAAACGGCCGCCAGUUUGUUGCCUUUUCACACGUCUGGGCCAAUGGGCGCGGAAACCUGGAAGGCAAUGGGCUCUCACAUUGUCAAUGGCUCCAACUGCAGAGGUACGCGCAAGGGUGCCGUGUCGACACGGACCCUCCGUCACACGGUAAGCUCGCAGGAAUCAUGCCUUUCUGGUUUGACAUCUUCUGCGCCCGUCGAGGCCCAGGAGAUGACGAUCACAUGUACAGGCUCCGGACUAAGGCGAUCCUACGCAUGUCGGAGAUCUAUCAGACUGCAGCGGUGGCCCUAAUUGCAGACUCGGGCCUCGAGCCGAUCAGCAGGGAACCGAGUCUGCAGGAAUUUGGGAUGCGAUUGACGUUGUCUAGCUGGUUACGUCGCCCAUGGACCAUGCAUGAGGGCGCCGUCGCUGAAAACGUCAAGGUAAAGACUACCGCGGGGAUGGUUGACCUGCAGGGUCUUUCAAAACGCUUCAAUGAUCUUAUAACGCUUGCCAAGUCGCCGGCCCCAAGAAAUGCGGAAAUGCGGCAGGGAAAAGACAUGUCUUUGGCACCUUGGGUCUAG